CAGGCGCUCUUAGAAACGCCUCAAAAGCUGUUUGCCUUGAUUUUGACGCCGACCCGAGAGCUGGCCUUUCAGAUCAGCGAACAGUUGAUGGCUUUGGGCUCCAGUUUUGGCCUGAAAUGCGUGACAAUAGUGGGCGGAAUGGAUAUGAUUAGCCAAUCGCUAAGUUUGGCGAAAAAGCCGCACAUAAUCGUCGCCACUCCCGGCCGACUGGUCGACCACUUGGAGAACACCAAAGGGUUUAACUUAAAGAGUCUGAAAUACCUGGUGCUGGACGAGGCCGACAGGAUCCUGAACAUGGACUUCGAGCAGGAAGUGGACAAACUGUUGACUGUCAUCCCCAAAGACAGGCAUACGUUCAUGUUUUCGGCCACAAUGACCAAAAAGGUGCAGAAACUGCAGCGCGCGUCCCUCAAAGACCCGGUGCGCGUGGAGGUGUCGUCCAAAUACCAAACGGUCGAUAGUCUGCAACAGUAUUACGUGUUUAUUCCCGUCAAGUAUAAGGACUUGUAUUUGGUGUAUAUUCUGAACGAAUUGGUCGGCAAUUCAUUUAUGGUUUUCUGUAACACUUGUAAUAAUACUCAACGAAUAGCACUACUGUUGCGGAAUCUGGGCUUCACAGCCAUCCCAUUGCACGGGCAGAUGAGUCAAUCCAAACGACUCGGUUCUCUCAAUAAGUUUAAGUCUAAGACACGAUCCAUUUUGAUCGCCACAGACGUGGCCUCCAGAGGUCUCGAUAUCCCGCACGUGGACGUAGUCCUCAAUUACGACAUACCGACGCACAGCAAGGAUUACAUACACCGCGUGGGCCGCACGGCCAGAGCCGGCAGAUACGGAAAGGCCGUCACGUUUGUCAGCCAAUACGAU